AUGCAUGAUAAACGGGUCUUUUUGGCGACUGAGAUUGAACUUGGGCAAGCUCGUGAUUUGGGUCCAAAAUUCUACGUUGGGCAAGCUUUUGAAUUGAGUCCAUUGGUGGCUGUAAAUGUCGGAGUUGUAGAUGUCAUAUGUGCCCAUGAUCUUGUUAAGUUUUUUGUACUUGAGUCGGUGCUGCCGACCCUGGAGUUUGAAAGUGAGUACCCUCGCUGUGUCAUUGCGAGCAUAGGUGGAGAGGAAUUCGAUUGUGGGCUGCUUGUAGGCGGAAUUAGGUGGUGGUGGUGGAGCGCCGACGAAGCGUCACUUUUCCGGCGACAAAAAACAACUGCACGGGAAUGCCGACGGAGGGUAAUGCCGACGUGCGGUUGGAGAAGGAAGUGGUGGGAGGCGGAAGAAACUGGGUGGAGGCGGAAGAUGUGCGCGGUGGCUUUUGGUGAUGCUUGGCUGGUAGCGCCGACCGGUGGCGUAGACAGCAGCGGCGGCGAUGUGUGUUCGGAGAAGAAAGUGGUGGGAGGCGAUGUUCGUUGCUGA